UCAAAACCACAGGCGUUGGAGACCAGAGGAGAGCUGAAAGGUGCUCUCUCUCUCUCUCUCUGUCUCUCUCUCUGCUUGCUUAUACAUCACUCUGAGAGUCUCUGUGAUGCUCUGUGUGGUAUAAUCUCAAUGUUGCCUAGACCUGGAAACUGUGAAAACUCUUUCUCUCUCCCUUUCUUUAAUCAGAAAGCUAAAAACUUGCUCUGAAUUAAAACAAGUUCUUAACUUUUUCAACAAAAUUGUGGAUUCUGAGGGACACCCAGUUGCCAAUUUUCCAUAAAAAUGGAGAAUUCACAACCAAAAAAGAAACCCACUCUAAAUCUUUCCAUUUUCACUACUCUCACAGAGUCUUUCUCUUUACCAAGUCCCUCCAACAAAUCUCCAAGGAAUUUUGUCCAGGGAGGUGUGGUUGGGCUUGGCAUAGUGGCUGCCAUGACUGAUUUGACCCACCAAACUAAGCCUGAUGUAACACCAGCACCACCUAUACCAAUCCCCAUAGUGUCCUCUGCCAAAGCUGCUACUGCUAAUUUCAAAGGCAGGCUCAGUGAUUUGGCUUUUGAGGAUGAGGUGGAUGAAUUGUCUGAGAGCUAUACUUGUGUGAUAUCUCAUUUGGGGACCAAGCUUGAGAAACGUGUCUAUUUUGAUGAUAAGCUUGAUGGGGUUGUUGGUUGUGGUGGUGGUGGUGGUGAUUGUUGUGUGGUGAGUGAUGGAAGGGUAGGAGUGUUCUCUGCCUCUCCUGUCAAUUUUGGUGAUGCCUAUAUGGGGAUUUGGACUGCUGAUUUUCUUAGCUCUUGCUACCUUUGCAAGAAGCAGCUUCAUGGACUGGAUAUUUUCAUGUACAGAGGGGAGAAGGCAUUUUGCAGUGCUGAGUGCCGGGACAAACAGAUUAGAAGUGAAGAUUAUAAAGAGAAGUUCGCAUCUGGAGCACUGAAGCCCCUUGAUUACUCCGUGUCUCCCUGCUCCGGUCCACUGAUGUUUUUUGCUGGGGUUGUUGCGGCGUAGAAAAUUUUACGAUUCUUAUAUAAGUAAAUAAAAUGAAAGUAAAGAACGUGGAAGCUUGUCCAAAUAAACUGUUAUCACCGGCACAAUAAACUAUAGACAAAAAAAAAAAAUUGAGAGAGAGAGAGUUUGAACAAGUAGUUUCUGUAUCCCUGAUUGCAUGAAAAUUUCUUAGGAUGGGAGAUAUUUUGAUGAAUAGAAACUUCUUUUUGAACCAAUAGAGGGAAACAUAUCUAGAUUUGUAUUUUGAGAACAUUAUAGUAAUCAUUCUAUUAUCAGUACCCGAUACUUUUAACUCUCAA